AUGUACUUCUAUGCGAUAAUAGGUAGCCUUGCUUUAAAUUUUUCUCAGUUGAAAAAGUUAAUAUCAUGUUGUUUGACCAUUUUACCAAUAUAUCUAAAGAACCGCUACAUCAUGCGUGCUUGGCCCGAAGAACUUAGGAUCAAUCAAGAUCUCGUUAAAAAGUCGGUUGAAUCUUUGGUUAAGCAUUACAAAGACCCUACGUUUUUACUUUUAGACGAAAGACGAGACUAUGAGGAAAUUCAAAAUUGGAAAGUAGAAAUUGAAGAGUUAAAUAAUGAAAUAUAUGCUUGCAAAUAUGGUAGAUUGUAUAAAAAUAGAAUCAAAUUGUUAUUUUUACUUUCAUGUUUCCCAUUUAUAACUUUGAAGAAUGAGGAAUUAACUUUGGAUCGUUUGUAUACAACAUCGACUCAAUUUAAGGAAGACCGACAAGCUAUAAUGGAUAGAAUUUCAGAUGAGUUUUUUCGUUAUUGUUCACGAGAUGCUAUUACUUUUGUUGAACACACAUUCUUAUUGGCUUGUUUCUUGAAAUUUCCUUUUGCCCCUCAGAUGAAAGUUCCUUACUCAAAAUACUUGCAAUUUCCUAAACAGUCUGGCAUUACUAAAGGAGAUCUAAUGAAUGCCGAUGAGUUAUCUACAGAAUUCACACACUCUUUCGAUGAAUUUAAUCCCAAACUUCAUAUUAGAGCCAAGAAUAUUGAGAUUCCUGAUUUAACAGUGAUGAUUAAUCAACUUAAAAUUGAUGUACGCGCGAUAGAACGAACUCAAAUAAUACGUCUUGACAUUCUAUCUGGAGAUGGGGAUAUCAGCACCUAUCCAUGUGUUGCAUUUAAACGUGGAUGUUUUGACCCCAUCAAAAAGCUAUUAAGUUACUACUUUCCAACUUUUGAAUUUAAUGGAACUUGUGGUAUAGAACUAUUUCCUACAGUUCAGCCACCACCCUAUAAUUUCGUAGCCAAUAACCAUAUUGUGCCUGUGAUUAUGCGAUACACGGGAAUACAUAAGAAUUUCAAUAAAGCUAAAAGACAUAAAGAUGUAUUUUCAGUGUCUGAAGAUGUCAGAAGACUUGUCCACGAGGUUUUAUAUCUGAUGAUAUACAGCGGGUCACUAAUGGGAUUUGCCCUUGAUGUGGAUUCUGUAUUAGUGAUAAAACUACUAUCCUCCACAGUAGUCGAUACGGUAGUGAACCCUGAAGAUGGGACCAUCAGCAAGGAAUUAGAUUACGAAAUAUUUUUAUUGGAUCACAGCCUCCAUUAUCCAAUGAUAGGCAUUAUCUUGAGUGCAUUCCUCAAUAAUUAUUUCAAGACUACGGCUUCCGAGUCUGCGGAAGUCACUAGAGAGAUACGAAGACAAUUAAGAAGCGAGUCUGAAGAACUUGAAGCAUCCAGACAAAGUAAAAUAGAAUUUGUGAAAAUGCAGUACCUGAAACAGUUUGAUGACUUUGAUACAGCAAUAGGAGGAUAUAUUAAUAUGGAGUUCCCAAGCUUGUUCAUAAAGCGAGAAUAUUUUGAUCAGGCAUGGGCUCUUGCAUUGAUAGAGACAUUUACUUCUUCGGAUUUUCAAAUAGAGAAGGGGCUGCACUUGACCGAUAGGGAAGAUAUCGUACAUCAAUUCAAAGGUAAAUUAGAUGGUAGAAGUGGUACUUUAUAUGUGUACAAAAUAUCAUAUACCCAUGAUGAAAACGAAGACUUUUACAAGUUGGUUUCGGUAUCUCUUAAUCAAUUUUUAAAGCAUGUGGUCGAAUGCAUUUCCAAAUUUGGCAAGUAUAAGAAAGAAUGGUAUAAUAUUAAGAACUUAAAAACUGUCAAUGAUAAUUUCCGAUGUGCUUAUUAUGAAAGGGAUGAUAUCAGUGGAUUUUCGCUACUAUUAUUUGACGAUGCGCAGGAGCUCGAUGAAGCAGAUAAAGUUGAAGAAUAUGAAGGUGACCCACCGAUUUUAUUUGAUUAUUUUGGCAAUCAGAUUGAAAACAAACGUCAAAGGUUGAAGUGA